ACAAUGUAACUUACAUGCAGUCACACACCCCUUUCUCUUGUAACAAUGUGUACGUUUUUACGGAGGGAGGGGGCGCGCAGAGGGAGAAAGAGAGACGGAGAGAGAUAGAGAAAGGAGGAGGGGGGUGCGUUCUGAAAUAAUAUAGUCAGCCAUUUUUUAUGUAAGGGGAUUUUUUUUCUUAUUGGGGGGGUUGUUAAAAAAUAAAUAUAAGAGGGCGGCCAUCUUUGUUGCUCUGCCUAGUGUAAAAUAUUUCAAAACGCCCCCCACUUUUUUCUGUGCCGAUUUGAAUAUUAAAUAAAUAUUACACAUUCGGGGCAAGAAUAUGCUUUUUUGAAUACAAGGACGGAUCCAAUGACAGGAAUAUAAUGUCCUCUCCUCUCCGAUCCUGUGAGGAAGACGAGGGCAUGGUGGUUAAUUCCGAGGGAGGAGAUUUUGAUGAAGAAGACGACGACCGAGACCUAGACGAGAACGCAAGCGACAUAAACUCGCCGGCGGCGCCUCGGGAAACUGCAACAUCAGCCGCGCCAGACGAAGAGGCAGAUAUAUCAGACAGAGAGGUCCCGUGCAGGAAGAAAGGGCGGCCGAAGAAAAAGAAGGACACAAAGAAGAAAGACAAAGAGGGGAAACCUGUCAAAGCAAAAAAACGCAAGAAGAUUGACAGCGAUGUAGAGAGAGACUCGGACAGAGAAAGAGACUACGGCGAGAACUCGGACAGCAUAGCCAGUGACUAUGGAUCUGGAGAGAAAAAGAAAAAGAAGAAACAUAAAGAAAGGAAGGAGAAGAAAACCAAGAAGAAGAAAAAAGUCGAUGGCGACCGAGACAGCAGUCAGGAGGAAUCAACAAAGCAGCCAAUAGAGCAGAAGACCUCGGCCCAGCUGGCGAAGGAGUGGGGUCUGGAGGAUGUUGACCAUACCUUCACAGAGGAGGACUACAGGGAACUCACCAACUACAAAGCCUUCAGCCAGUUCAUGAGGCCGAUGAUAGCCAAGAAGAAUCCUAAGAUCCCCAUGUCAAAGAUGAUGACUAUCCUGGGGGCCAAGUGGAGAGAGUUCAGCUCUAACAACCCCUUCAAGGGCAACGCUGCUGCUGUCGCGGCAGCCGCAGCAGCUGCUGCGAUCGCUGUUGCUGAGCAGGUCUCCACAGCGAAUGCCUCGCCUGAGCCACCGCCACCGCCACCGCCACCGCCACCGCCACCGCCACCAAUCAGAAAGGCAAAGACGAAAGAAGGAAAAGGCCCUGGCUUUAAAAAGCGCAGUAAAAGUCCCCGAGUCCUGGAUAAGAAAAAGGCUGCCGCGAAGGCUAAAAAGAUGGCACCCAUUCGUAUAAAGCUAUCACCUAUAGGUGCCAAGAGGAAGAAGAGUUGCUCAAGCGAGGACAUGGAUGAGGAUGAGUCGGAGCAGGAGGACUCCAGCGUUCACAGCUCCUCGGUUCGCUCCGACAGCUCUGGUCGCGUCAAGAAGAACAAGCGAGGACGGCCUGCCAAAAAGAAGAAGAAAAUUACAAUACCAGGUGAAGAGGAUGGAGACGGCUAUGAAACGGAUCAUCAGGACUACUGUGAGGUGUGUCAGCAGGGCGGAGAGAUCAUCCUGUGUGACACUUGUCCUCGAGCUUACCACCUCGUCUGCCUUGAGCCUGAGCUGGACAAGGCCCCCGAGGGCAAGUGGAGCUGCCCGCACUGCGAAAAAGAAGGAAUCCAGUGGGAAGCAAAGGACGAGGACUUUGAGGAUUUUGAGGAGGACAGCGAGGACAGAGUGAUCUCAGAGGUCAGCAUCGGGGUCCCCGCCGGGGCGGAGGAGGAAGAUGAUGACCACAUGGAGUUCUGUCGGGUGUGUAAAGACGGAGGUGAACUGUUGUGCUGCGACACCUGCACCUCCUCCUACCACAUCCACUGUCUAAACCCGCCGCUGCCAGAGAUCCCCAAUGGAGAGUGGCUGUGUCCGCGAUGCAUGUGUCCGCCUAUUAAAGGACGUGUCCAGAAGAUCCUCCACUGGAGAUGGGGUGAACCUCCGCCUCCCAUCCCGGUUCCCCCCCCUCCUGACGCACCACCUGAUGCCCCCCCGCCGCCACCUAUGAAGGGCAGAGCCGAGAGAGAGUUCUUUGUCAAGUUGACUGGGCAGUCCUACUGGCAUUGUACCUGGAUCACUGAGCUGCAGUUGGAGAUCUUUCACUCUGUGAUGUUCAGAAACUACCAGAGAAAGACGGACAUGGACGAGCCUCCCAGCCUGGAUUACGGCUCGGGCGGAGAGGACGAGAAUGGAGUGGGAAAGAGCGAGAAGAGGAGGGCCAAGGACCCCCAGUACGCCAUACUAGAAGACAAGUACUACAGAUUUGGCAUCAAGCCUGAGUGGAUGAUGAUCCACCGCAUCAUCAACCACAGUGUGGAUAAGAAGGGGACGUACCACUACCUGGUGAAAUGGAGGGACCUGACCUAUGACCAGUGUACCUGGGAGCGAGACGACAUGGACAUCCCAGACUUUGCAAUUUACAAGGGCAACUACUGGAAGCACAGAGAUGCAAUAAUGAAGGAGGAUCCAGACAAACCCAGGAGGAUGAGGAGCAAGAUCCAGGAGGGUGAAGAGGAGUCGCCUGCCUCGCCGGUCACUGAUCCUACAAUAAAAUACGAGGAACAGCCCGACUUUGUCACAUCGACGGGGGGGACGCUGCACCUGUACCAGCUGGAGGGUCUGAACUGGCUUCGGUUUUCCUGGGCUCAGGGUACCGACACCAUCCUGGCAGACGAGAUGGGCCUGGGCAAGACCAUCCAGACCAUCGUCUUCCUCUACUCACUCUUUAAAGAGGGUCACACUAAGGGUCCGUUCCUGGUCAGCGCUCCGCUCUCCACCAUCAUCAACUGGGAGAGGGAGUUUGAGAUGUGGGCGCCCGACUUCUACGUGGUGACAUACACGGGAGACAAGGACAGCCGAGCUAUCAUCAGAGAGAACGAGUUCUCCUUCGACGACACGGCUGUCAAAGGAGGGAAGAAGGCCUUCAAACUGAGGAGAGAGGCUCCUAUCAAAUUCCACGUGCUGCUGACCUCCUACGAGUUGGUGACCAUCGACCAGACGGCGCUCAAGUCCAUCGACUGGGCCUGUCUGGUGGUUGACGAGGCUCACCGGCUCAAGAAUAACCAGUCCAAGUUUUUCAGGCGUCUGAACGACUACAAGAUCGACCACAAGCUGCUGCUGACAGGAACUCCACUACAGAACAACCUGGAGGAGCUGUUUCACCUGCUCAACUUCCUCACACCCAACCGCUUCAAUAACCUUGAAGGCUUCUUGGAAGAGUUUGCCGACAUCUCCAAGGAGGACCAGAUCAAGAAGCUCCACGACCUGCUGGGGCCUCACAUGCUGCGGAGGCUGAAGGCAGACGUCUUCAAGAACAUGCCCUCCAAGACCGAGCUGAUUGUCAGAGUGGAGCUGAGUCCUAUGCAGAAAAAAUACUACAAGCUGAUUCUGACCAAGAACUUUGAAGCUCUGAACUCAAAAGGUGGAGGAAACCAGGUCUCCCUGCUCAACAUUAUGAUGGAUCUAAAGAAGUGCUGCAACCAUCCCUACCUCUUCCCUGUCGCCUCCAUGGAAGCCCAAAAAACCCCAGCCGGUGCUUACGAGGGGUCGGCCCUCACCAAGGCCUCUGGGAAACUGACGCUGUUGCAGAAGAUGCUGAGUAAACUGAAAGAGCAGGGGCACCGAGUACUGGUCUUCUCACAGAUGACUAAGAUGCUGGAUUUACUAGAAGACUUCUUAGACCAUGAAGGUUACAAGUAUGAAAGAAUUGAUGGAGGGGUCACAGGAGCGCUGAGACAAGAGGCCAUCGACCGCUUCAAUGCUCCUGGUGCUUGUCAGUUUUGUUUCUUGCUCUCCACCAGAGCGGGAGGUUUAGGCAUCAACUUGGCCACAGCCGACACAGUUGUCAUCUUCGACUCUGACUGGAACCCUCACAAUGACAUACAGGCGUUCAGUCGAGCCCACCGAAUCGGGCAAGCCAACAAGGUGAUGAUCUACCGCUUCGUGACGCGAGCCAGCGUGGAGGAGCGCAUUACCCAGGUGGCCAAGAGGAAGAUGAUGCUGACCCACCUGGUGGUCCGGCCAGGCCUGGGGUCCAAAGCUGGCUCCAUGUCCAAACAGGAACUAGACGACAUCCUCAAGUUUGGAACAGAAGAGCUCUUCAAGGAUGAAGUAGAACGGAUGAAGAACAGUUCGGGGGAUAAAGUUGAGGACGAGGGCAGCGUGAUCCACUACGACAGUGUUGCCAUCGAGAGGCUGCUGGACAGAAGCCAAGACGCCACAGACGACUCAGACGUCCAGAACAUGAACGAGUACCUCAGCUCCUUCAAAGUGGCUCAGUACAUGGUCCGAGAGGAGGAUAAGAUCGAGGAGAUAGAGCGGGAGAUCAUCAAACAGGAGGAGAACGUGGAUCCGGAUUAUUGGGAGAAACUGUUAAGGCAUCACUACGAGCAGCAACAAGAGGACCUGGCGAGCAAACUGGGCAAAGGCAAGAGGAACCGCAAGCCUGUCAACUACAACGAUGCUGCACAGGAAGACCAAGAUAACCAGUCCGAGUAUUCAGUGGGCUCCGAGGAGGAGGACGAGGACUUUGAUGAUCGGCCAGAAGGUCGACGGCAGUCACGUCGCCAGUUGAGAAAUGAGAAGGAUAAACCUCUGCCUCCUCUUUUGGCCAGAGUAGGAGGCAACCUUGAGGUGCUGGGCUUUAACACACGCCAGCGAAAGGCUUUCCUGAACGCAGUGAUGCGCUGGGGAAUGCCGUCUCAGGAUGCUUUCUCCUCUCAGUGGCUGGUCAGAGACCUCAGGGGCAAGACUGAGAAAGAAUUCAAAGCUUACGUGUCUCUCUUCAUGCGUCACUUAUGCGAGCCAGUGGCUGACGGGGCGGAGACGUUUGCAGAUGGUGUGCCGAGGGAGGGCCUGUGUCGCCAGCCAGUCCUCACCCGCAUUGGCGUCAUGUCUCUUGUCAAGAAGAAGAUCCAGGAGUUUGAGCACAUCAACGGGCGGUGGAGCCUUCCAGAGCUCAAGCCUGAGGUCAUCAUAAACAAAUCCUCCUCCAGGGCCUCCUCUCCGGUCGUUAAGACCACCACGCCCACCCCCGAAGCCAGCUAUAACAACACACCUUGCACCUCAGAGCCAGCAACCCCUGCUCCAUCAGACAAGCUGGAAAAGAACGGAAAGGAGGGAGAGAAGGACAAAGAGGAAGGCGAAGCCCUGUCCGAUAAAGAGAAAGUGAAGGAGAAAGAAAAGGAUGAGGGGAAAGAGGUGGACAGCAACAGGACUUCAGAGCCUGAAGAGCUUUCCUCCACGACAAAAGACACAUCCCAAAAUGCAUCCCCCAGUCAAAAACACGAAGACAAAGAGGACAGUGACGUGCAAAAAGAGGAGAAGAAGGAAACAACUGACAAUUCAGCUGCCACAACAGAGGAGAAAAAGGUACAAGAGGAGACUAAAGAAGAGAAAAAACAAGACGCAGAGGUCAAAGAAGAGAAAUCAGGAGAAAAGCCGGGGGAGGAGAAGGAAAAAAAUAAGCGGGAAGAGGCACUCACAGCAACUGAAACAACAGAUGCAAAGGAUAAAACCGAGGUGUCUGAUGUGAAGAAAGAGGAAGUCAAAGGUGAAAAGGAUGCUGGGAAAGAAGCCAGAGCGGCAAGGGAGGAUGCGCCCAAGGGUAACGGGAGGCCUCCCAUUGAGCGACCUCGCUUUAUGUUCAACAUCGCAGACGGGGGCUUCACCGAGCUGCACACUCUCUGGCAGAAUGAGGAGCGAGCUGCCAUCUCCUCGGGGAAGAUGAACGAGAUCUGGCACCGCCGACACGACUUCUGGCUGCUGGCGGGAAUCGUUAUUCACGGCUACGCCCGGUGGCAGGACAUCCAGAAUGACCCCCAGUUCGCCAUCGUCAAUGAGCCUUUCAAAUCGCAGGCGAACAAAGGCAACUUCCUGGAGAUGAAGAACAAGUUCCUGGCUCGACGCUUCAAGCUUUUGGAGCAGGCGCUGGUGAUAGAGGAGCAGUUGCGACGGGCGGCCUAUCUGAACAUGACCCAGGACCCCAGCCACCCGGCCAUGGCGCUCAAUGCGCGCUUUACAGAGGUGGAGUGCCUGGCGGAGUCACACCAGCAUCUCAGCAAGGAGUCGCUGGCUGGCAACAAGCCGGCCAACGCUGUCCUGCACAAAGUGUUGAACCAGCUGGAGGAGCUGCUGAGUGACAUGAAGGCCGACGUUACCCGGCUACCGGCCACGCUGUCCAGAGUCCCGCCCAUCGCCGCCCGUCUGCAAAUGUCCGAGAGGAGCAUCCUCAGCCGACUGGCCAGCAAGGGCACUGAGACGCACACACCCCCGCCCAUACCUCCAGGACCCUACGCAACCCCUCACAACUACGGAGGCCACUUCACCCCCGCCCCCCCGAGCGCCCUAUACAUGGGAGGGGCCAACUACAGUCAGAUGCCGCCCGGAUCCUUCAUAUCAGAAGCCGCCGCCGCUGCUGGGGCCACCGGGGGAGCUGCUUGGGGAGCCGCCGGAGGGCCAAACGCUGCUUGCCAGAAGACCAAGGAGCACGAUGUGGUGCACCGGCAGCGAGUGGUGGACCUUUGGAAGGACGGCAAGUCCGAGGGGGCCAUCGGGCAGGAGCUGAGGAUGCCCAAGUCCACGGUGCACAGCAUUAUCGUCAAGUACCGGCUCAGCAACACGGUGGAGAACCUGCCGCGCAACGGGCGACCAAAGAAACCCUGAAGGGAGGAGGAGACUCAUAAAGAAGAGAGAGGUCAUUUGGAUAAAACAUCCAGGAAUUAAACAAAAAUGGGACAGUGAAAGCUGAAAAGGAGAAACAAAAACCUGAAUGCUUGUGGAGGAAGUCCAAAAAGGACCCAAGGACAGAGCACUUUGACACUGCUGGAAUGUGAGGAAUAUAAAGGGGGAAGUGAAGCUCACUGGAUGGCUCAAAUACGGACAGGAGGCAAAAAGGAGAAGACACGAAAAGUAAAAAGAUGUGGCGGCACUUAAAAGAAAACAAGUAAUCAACUGCAGAGAGAGAGGGCCAAAUAAGAAGGGAGAGGUGAAAAGCUGGCUCUGAGAUCAAGCACUAAUGAUGAGUGGGGGGGGAGGUAGAGAGACAGGGAAAAAAGAGCAAUGACCUGUCUGGAACAAACAAAUCCUUCCAAAAGUAAAGAGAAAAGGCACUACUGAAAAUCUGUCUGUAGAAGGAUGGAAAAAGAUUGUAUGUUAAUGCAAUCACAGGUUUUCAGGAAUUCAUAUAUGAACGCAGAAACGGAGAAAAAAUGCAACAAAGGAGGAUUUUUUUUUCUCCCUAAAACUCCUCAGACAGAUUUCUUUUUCUGUUUCUCCCUCUGCGGACAAAAAGAUUUCCCCCUGGAUCAAUUCUUCAUCCGCCGACUGACUGAACAUGCCUGUCCCCUCGCUCUAACCCUGUACUCCCUCAUUCCUCCACGGUCUUUCCCUCCUCCGUCUCUCUUUCUCAGUCUAACACAUACAUGCAUGUAUCUAUACACUGUGGACCUCACACACAACCUGAAAACCUACAAAGAACUUAAUUCUGCUUGGUACAGGCAGAUGAAAUCCAAACUUGGAAUAAAAAGGGAUGAACUCAGAUUAUCUUGCAAAAAAAAAAGGAAAGAAAGAAAAAGAGUUUAAAACACUUCUUCCCAUGGACUCUUUUGCCCUAGCAUUCCAACCAAGCAUAGAAACAAGAACCAUAGAUAUA